AUGAAGCAAGAUCAGACUAACCUGACAGCCCUACAAGGAUCAAUCACCAACGCCCCGUUAGAUAUCAAUGAUCGUAUAAGCCGGAAACUAAUUAAAUCCGCCACAGUUUAUAUAUACACAUCAUUUCGUAACGAUUCUAAAAAUUUAUUAAUCACUGGAUUGAUUCAAGAAGGGACCUUUCAAGUAGAAUUAAAUGAGAAUCAAAGAGCGGAAGUAAGGAGGAAAGUGGGCGCAGAUCAAGAGAAAGGGGCAGGUAUUGUUGUGAGUGCAGGUCCAGGUGCGGUUGCAAACAGUUAUACUGAUAGUGAAUGGGAGAUGAUACUAAGAGAUUUAUUUAGAGGAAAAUUGGUAGAUGUAGAAAUCGGUAGUAUAUAUUUGAGCGCAAGAUAUUUAAGCUCGGAAGAAUUCUAUUCUCAGGGAGAGUUGAUUGAAGAGGUUGAAGGGGAUGACAUGUAUAGAACCAGUCUCUAUAUUGAUAUUAAAACUGGGGGGAAACUCCCCAUUACACUAGGAACGAUUGAAUUGACCAAGGUUAAAGAAGAGGAAAUGUAUGAGAAACCAGAGAUGAGUUUGUUGAAUUGGCUAGAUUUAUUGAUUGAAGACAACAAGUCAAUGAAUAACGAAAGGGUGGAAAAGAAGAAAGAAUUGGAGAAAGUGGUCAAGGAAAGAGAUUAUUAUAAGAAAGAGGUGAUCAAGAGUAGUGAAGAACAUUUGGAGAUUAUGAAAGAUAUAGAAAGGAAAUUUUAUCAUGUCUUGAAUAGUAAGAAGGAUAGGAUUUGGGAGGUUGAAAAGAUGAUUGAGGAGAAGAAAGAGACGAACUCAAUUGAAGGGAUUAAUGAAAAGUUUGUAGAAGAAAAUCAUUUCAAUUUGAAUAGGAAAAAUAUUGAUUUGAAAGACAUUCCUCAAGAGUUUAGAGGAGAGAUCAAGAAGAAAGAGAAAGGAAAAAGUAUUGGGAAGAGGAGAAGAACGGAUGGAAAUAGUGAUAACGGUAAAGAGAAAAAGAAGAGAAGGGGGAAAGUAACAGAAAAAGAAGAAAAUUCUGACAAGUCUGAAGAUUCUGAAGCUGUAGACAAGAGUAAUAACGGAGAAGAUGACGGAAUGGAAUCAACGGAUAUUGAAGAUUCUGAAGAUGAGAAUGAAAUCAAAAAGGAAGUCGAUGAGGAUGCUAGUGUAGUAGGACAUAUUUCACACGAGGAGAGUAUUGGCGAACGUAUUUCCAAGGAGAGACAGCAACCAGAGCAAGAAUCAAUUAUCAAAGUUAAAAGAGAACCAACUAUCAAUUCGAUAUCAGAUCAAGAUAUUUUGAAGUCAGUGAAUGAAAUUGAACAGGUAGAUCAAAUCGAUACAGAAUAUGAUUCAAAUGAGUCCACAUCAUCACCGUCGGUGGUGUCCGAUAGUUUGGAAUAG